ACGGAGCACUCAUUGGAGGGAAGAACAGAAGAGUGUAGAUAUUGGAGCGAAUGGUGAUGCAGGAGAGGAGCACCCCACGCGCCAAUUCCAACGUGUGCAUAUACCACCAUGCAGCAUCAUGCUUCAUCAUGUAUCUACCUCACACUAAGAACCUCAUUGCUCAACUAACAUAACACGUUCGUUUAUCCUCUUCUAUGCAACCAUGCUUCUCAGAACCGCUUCUUCUUUCUCUCUGGUCAACGCCAACGCCAACGCCGACGCCGACCAUAUACUCCCUCUGAUAAACCCUUCUUCUGCUAUUCGCUGCUAUUCUCAUGCCAAAAGCUUCGUUCCCUGCGCCACCAAGGGCUCAAACAACCGUCCCUUAACCGGCGUCGUUUUUGAACCCUUUGAAGAGGUCAAGAAGGAGCUCGACCUUGUUCCCACACUUCCAGAAGCUUCCCUUGCUCGCCAGAAGUACACCAAUGAGAGUGAAGCUGUUGUCAACGAACAGAUCAAUGUGGAGUACAAUGUUUCGUAUGUUUAUCAUGCGAUGUUUGCCUACUUCGACAGGGAUAAUGUUGCGCUAAAGGGUCUUGCCAAAUUUUUUAAGGAGUCAAGUGAGGAGGAAAGGGAGCAUGCUGAGAAAUUGAUGGAAUAUCAGAACAAACGUGGUGGAAAAGUGAAGUUGCAAUCUAUUGUGAUGCCUCUUUCUGAGUUUGACCAUGAGGAAAAGGGAGAUGCCCUGUAUGCAAUGGAACUUGCUCUGUCUUUGGAGAAGCUGACAAAUGAGAAGCUUCUUAACUUGCACGGUGUUGCCUCAAAGAACAAUGAUGUGCAAUUGACAGAUUUUAUUGAAAGCGAAUUUUUAGGUGAACAGGUCGAAGCCAUUAAAAAAAUCUCCGAGUACGUUGCUCAGCUCAGAAGAGUUGGCAAAGGACAUGGUGUGUGGCACUUUGAUCAAAUGCUGCUCCGUGAGGAGGGAGUUAAUGCUUGAUUACACUUUUGUUUUCACUAUCUAGUUAGUUCUUAUCUGGUUCUUCCAAAUGGUAUUUUAAGGUUUUGGCUAGAGAUGAAGAAAUGAGGAUAUGGAAUGAUAUGGAAUUGGAACUCAAAUUAUAAUUAUAAUAUUAUGCUUAUAUGUUUUCAUAACUUAAAAGUAUAAAUAAUAUUAAUUUUAUAAGUACUGUUUAUCA